GUGAAGACGACUGAUCUCUUGAUCCGCUUACAUAAGAUGCACACUUCUGCCGAAGCGAGUACAAAAGACAAGGAAACACUGGUGGAGGAAAUUGGGUUGCGAUUCUCUGGUAUGCUCAGCAGUCUCACGUCUGGAGCUGACGGUGCUGGUUCAUCCUCUCACUCCGAUAGUUUGGUGAACCAGUUGGUGAAGCAGCUGCUGGAGUCGGAGAUUAUGUUGACAAAGUCAAAAAAAAAGUAGAUGCAUGCGUACACAGGACCUGGCUCCUUUGUUCCCUGCCCUCUUCAUCUUGUUCCUCUCUCUCCUGUCCUCUAAUCCCGAGGAGAAAUUGCAGAACUACGACUUUGUGGUGUCUCGCGGUGAGUACUUCGCUGGCCAAGUUAUCUCAAUGGCUUUGCCCGAUUGCAAAUUUGUGGACCCUGAGGAUGCGGUUUUCUUGAAGAACGGACCAUCUGGGACUGCUGUCGUCGACUUCGAAUACACGAUGGAUGCUUUGAAGGAUGCGACCUUACGGAUCGAUUGGAUGAUAAAGACGUAGAAGAGGGAUCACAAUAAGAGAAAUUCUGUUCCCGCGACCAGAUCUUGAAGAUCCUUCUUUUUGCGCCCAAUGUCGGCCCAAAACACAUUCACUACGGCGCCAGCCUGCUUAUCGCGCCCUUUGCCAUCUCGUUGGCUCUGCUCACGGCGUCUUCAUCGCCAUCGCGCCCAAUGUCGGCCCAAAUUUUCCACCACCUCUAAUCCGCAACUACACCUCUUCCUCCUCACUUCUUCAUCCUUCUUUUUCCACCUCUAAUCCGCAACUACGCCUCUUCCUCCUCAAGGAUGCGACCUUAAGUCCACCUCUAAUCCGCAACUACACCUUUUCCACUUCUUCAUCCUUCUUUUUCCACCUCUAAUCCGCAACUACGCCUCUUCCUCCUCAAGCGUGAGAUCCCCCGGUCCUUUUGUCGUCCUCCCUGGUUUUUUUGGUCAAGAUCGAGUGACGAAAGCAGUGCGUGCCUUGCCGCGUGGUGGAUCGGAUAUCAGCGGAGCAUUGUUGGGUUGUGCUAUGGCGUCAGAUGUCUACGAGAACUGGACUGAUGUCGCGGGAGUCUUCACUGCGGAUCCGAACAAGGUGUGUAGUGCCAAGAAAAUCGACACCUUGUCGC